GUUUCCAUCCGAUAGACGGAGCUAUAAAUAUUUUACGUAGAGACAUGUGGUUUUAGAGAAGAGAGAGAAAGAAAGAAGAAAGAAGAUGUGGUUUUAGAGUAAAAUGUGAUCGCGUGUGUUUGAAAGGUUGAGGUAAAGAUGACGUUUGUUUUGUAUCAAAAUAAGAAGUUAAGAGGCUAAAACCUUCGUACGAACAGUAAAAAGAGAAAUAAUUAAGACUGGAUCUCCGUGUUCUAUUUAAGCAACCGUUUAUGCGAUAAUCUAUAUAAAUAAUUGGACCACGUGAUUCGCAUCUGUCAAAAUGGGUAAAGGAAAAGGAAAAGAUAUUUACCAAAGAGUUAAUUUUCUUUAUCAGGCAGCCUAUACAGUAUUAGCUACGACUCCAGCAAAUUUCAAUCUAAUAAGAUAUUAUGGCCGCACUAUCAAGAUGAUAUGUCAGAAAAGUCAAAUAAAAUUAGAUCCAGAUAUUAAAAGGACAAUUUGUAAGAAAUGUUACAUCAUAUUAUACCCAGGAAUAACCUCUACUUUUAGAUUAAAAAGUAAAAGGUCAAAACACAGCAUUAUCAAAUGCUUAACUUGUGGAACCAUAAAAAGAUUUCUAAAUAAAGCAGAUUAUGAACUUUGGUACAACAGACCAGAAGCACAAGUAUCUGUUGAAUAUUUGGGAAACCAUAUUGAGAAAUAAAAUGUAUUAAUUUAAUUUGUAGUUGUAUCAGAAGAUUGAAAAAUAAAAACCUUUAUAAUGGAA